CGUCUGAGUUUUUUCAACUUGACACCUGAAACUUGUGCAGCUCCAUUCCACGUCAAGCAGCUGCAGCUCAACAGCGUCUGUCGUCUCACUCACAGAGGGGGAAACCUGCGGACGAACACGGCAACACAACUUUAAAUUGAUGGCUUUACUCAGCUUGCUUUUGGGGUUAUUUGUCUUCGUUUUGGAACCAGUCGAGGCAGAGACAACACAAAGCACCCUAGACCCUCUGGAUGCUUCUUUUUGUCACGGCGGGCUGGAAGUGAUCUAUCCAGAACUGGACGUUGACAAAUGCCUUAUGAUUCCAAAGAACCACAAAUUCAGAGAGAAAAUCAGCACUGUUUGGAAAGCCCCGCAGAUCUACUUCUCUGGAGCAGAGAAGAAAAAGACGUACGUCCUGGUGAUGGUUGAUCCUGAUGCUCCCAGACGCUCCCAGCACCCUGCUUACUGGAGGCACUGGUUGCUUGUGAACAUAAAGGGCUACUCACUGGAGAAAGGAGAAAUGCAAGGCAUGACUCUUACUGAUUACCAUCCACCGACGCCGCCGCAGAAGACUGGUUUCCACCGUUACCAGUUCAUGUUAUUUGAGCAGCCUCCUCACACAAAGAUAUCACUCACUGAAGAGGAGUCUUCCCGUGGUAAAUGGGAUUUUCAGGCCUUCGUCGAAAGGUUUACGCUUGGGGAACCAGUGGCUGCCUUGCAGUUUCUCACCCAGAACUACAAGGACUAAAGGAUGCUCAAAUACUUCUAUCAGAAUAAGAAUACAACAGUACAAUUAUACAAACUAAACUAUUUCUUCAUUUGUAUUGUUUCCCUGCUUUCCAUGCAUUAAACAGUAGAAAUUCUUCAAAGCUUGCACCAGCUUCUAUCUUAUCGUUGAGUUCAAGAGAUAUUUCCUCUCUGUGUUGCUCUAGCUGAAGGGUUUUUGAUGUCGCCCCGUAUCUCUGGUCUCGUGGUUGGGAGCAAAGGAUUCGGGAGAUAGAUUUCAACUUCACUGGGGAUUUCUUAAUAGUUUCCGAACACAGACGACAAGAGAAGGAAGACGGCCCUGAUAUCACAACUUAGUGUGGAAAGAGUUAUUCUAAUUCAGGGGCCGGAAACACGUCAGGGCCAAAAAAAGGAAGUGGGAGGUGAAACUAAGACCGCAGCUCAGCCGGAUGCUGCAGUGGAACUUGAACUAAAAUACUCUAGAGUGACAGGACAAGGGGGAGGGGCUGUCAGGCCUGUCAUGCACCAAGUUAAGGGAACUUGCUGUUUGUGUCAUUGUUUAUCAUAUUUCCAUUGACCACUCUCACCCCGACUGGAAAAAAUGAGCUGCUUUCAGGUAUCUGGUUUAUCUGAAGAAGCAGCUGCUGAGUUUUCGAUGUGUCCUUCAGUAUAACUUCAGGACAAUGAACCCGUUUUGAACUUGAGAGAGUUGCAUAAGAGCCUCACCUGGCAGGUCUGCAGAGGAUGGUGUGGGUAAACUUUUCAACCCAUCCACACUAAAAUGCUCUACAGACUUUACAGGUCUUUGUAGAGGAUGGGUCAGACUCCCGUCCCCCACCCCCAUGAAGAAUAUUGGUUUCUAACCAGCAACUCUCCUCCCGGGAGUGUUUGUAUCAAUACCCCAGAUGUCUGAAAAAGGGUGGAUUUACAUGAGUGACUUUGAUGUUCUGAUGAUCAAUCUUUAGUUGGUGGUUUCAUUGACCCUGGUUUGGUGUCUCAUCAGUGGGAUAGGCAGGAGCAGGUAAAGGAGGCUUUUGUGCCUUUGGUGGAUAAGCCAGCCUUGGUAACCCCCAAUGUGCCCUCUCCAUGAACUCUGGAAGAUCAUUGAUCAAUUGUCCAGCAUGUGCUUUGUUUGCCUCCCAGACUCAGCAGUCAAAGCACCCAAGUUCACAAACAAAACAACCAAAACAAUACACACGGGCCCACAGUAAGCGAGAGAACCCACUGCUUUUGAACGCACACUAAGUACCCAUCGGUUCGAGCGCUGCUCCUGACCUUGAUUUGCUCGUCUUAUUUGACUUAUAAAAUCACAUUUCUAACAACUGGCAAGUGGAGGAUAAUUCCACACUCAUUGUGAAGCAUGCCAAGUAGGAGAGCAUUCUUCCAAAAAACACCUACUUGAAUCCAUCAGUACAAGACUGAAAUGCCAAGAUGUGCACUUCCAAAUGCACUGUGCAUUUUUCCUUCUCCUUUAUGUUUUAGAGAUAUCCUGCCAAACCAGCUGGGUUUUGCCAUUCAGUUUCCUCGAACGUGUUUAUUUUUACUCCAAAUGUCAAGAGUUAAAUGCUAUGAUUAAUAAAAAUUGACAGUUAUAGUUCAGUGCUGGAGAGUAUAUAAGCUUCUCACUUUCCCUGAUGAUGUGAAUAAGGCUUUCAAGAUUUUCUUUACUGAAGUCAAUAUUACCGUAGUUUAUCAUUUUUAUAAUCAGAUCAGUUGUCUCAUUGGCAAAAAGUGAGAUAAUGCAAGAUAAUGCUAAGAAUUAUUUCACCAGAGAAUUUCUGAGUUACUGCUUGUUGAGAGUUGUGCUAAAAUGAAUUUAAGAGGAACAUCUGAUCAGUUAAUAUUCAUACAGUUUAUAUUUCCAUAUCUAACUGCACAUGGUGGAUGCAGUUUGAAUUCCUCAGGAGAUUUGAGUCCUGUCUCAGAGUGAAAUUUUUCUUUCAUUCAUCCAUGUUUCUGGGUAACUGAAUCUUUUUUUUAAAUUUUAUCUAAGCACAUAUUUUCAUCUCAUCAUAUAAAACCCCAUAAAGAAGGUGACCUUUGACAUGUCUUCUGGUGAAACUAUUGGAAAGUUGCAACAAAUGUGUGCAUUUUGCAUUCAUUAAACUCUACUAGCAUUUGUGGUUAUACAAAUCUAAUUAAUAAUUUUGUGCCUAAAUAAAUACCACACAGAACAUUGCACUGCUAUGCUAUGUGUGUACUCCUGCUGAACCCCUACAUAUACAUCUGAUGCACAAAGUUUGCAGCUGCUGGACAAAACUCAACACUGUCAAACAAUAAUUUAACAAGCUACUAGUCCAAUUGUAAGUCCAGGGUUGUCCUUCUACACCCAUUUAGUCUUGUGGACUUCUAGCCUCUUUAGAAACCACCUCUCCUCCUAAGAUCUUUGAUACAUGUGGGUGACCUGCACCUGUACCAUUUCAGCACCUGAUUCAUACAGUGAUUUGCAAAUGUAUUCCUACUUUUCCAAUUUUUUUCAUGUCAGAACUACAGUACAAAGUUUAAUGUUUGUCAGUGGAGUUUUAAAGAGGACGUAGUUUGUAACUUUUGAAGUGGAGGGAACAUGAUACAAGGUUUUAAAAAUUCUUGUUGUGUAAAAAUUGAAAACUGUUCAUUUGUGUUCAGCCCCCCUGAGCCAAUAUAUUGUAGAAACCUUUGUUGCAAUCACAGCAGGAAGUCUUUUGGGAUUUAUCUCAACCAGCUUUCCAUCUGUGAAUGUUAAAUGUUCUUUAAUUAUUAUUAUUUAUUCCUCUAAAGCAUUCAAAGAUAGCUCUGUCUUCUUUUGGGUCAUUGUCCUCCUGGAAGGUGAACCUUUUGAACUAGUCUCCGGUCUUUUGUAGCCUCUAACAGGUUUGCUUCCAGAAUUUCCCUGUUUCUCUUCCAUCCAUCUUCCUAUCAACUCUGUCCAGUUUCACUAUUCCUGCUUAAGAAAAGCAUCUUUAUUGUAUCAUUAUGGCCCAUAUGCCCUAUUCCUUGGUCUUAAUGAUUCUGUUUGUUCAAUAAUGUUCUAGCUGAUGAAGUAGGCUGUCAGCUGUGUUGAGACUAAGCUUGAAUUACAAUCAAAUUGACUCUAUUUACUAUAUAAAUGUGUUUUUGAGGUCAUUGUUAAUACUUUCAUUUUAUUUCAAGGAAUCAGAAUAGAGUGGGUGGAACACAGCAAAAAACCUGAAUCAUUGUCUAUAACUAUACACUUUACUGUGAUGUAAGAAAAUGUGGAAGAGUUCAAUGGGUAUAAUUACUGUUUCAAAUCACUGUAUACGUACAUCUAAACAAAUAAAAUAUCAUGGAAAAAAUGUCA